AGAAUUUUAGUGAUUCGAAAGAAUAAUAUAACGAGAAAUUCUUCAGGUGGGUUAACUAUUGACGAUUUUCGCGAGAAAAACAAUAAGGGAUUUUGCAACUUUCUGAUCUUUUUCCGAAUAAUGAUUCACCAUUUGAUAUGAUUUUCUUAUUUAAAAGAAACAAAAUUGGCAAAAAUUAUCAUUUCGAGUGUUUUAUCCAACUUGUAAUCAAUAUUUAAGCUAAACAGAUUAAAUACCUCGUCUACUCGUGCCUAUAGUAGUGAUGAAUAAGUGUAUUUUUGCGUUCGUUUUAACGUAUUUUGCUUUGAUUAUCAGUAACCAUAGAGUGGACUCGGGAAUAAUUAAUUUAUUCAAAAAUGACAACGUGGACACAUAUUUGACACCGCUGCAAAUUAUUAAAAAACACGGAUACCCCAGCGAAGCACACACAGUCGAGUCUCAAAAUGGAUACAUUCUGGAACUGCAUAGGAUUCCUUAUGGAAAAUCAGGACCAGGAGGCAACAAAAGGAUUCCUGUUCUCUUACAUCAUGGAAUACUUUCUUCUUCGAUUGAUUGGCUGAUAGAUGGGCCCAAUAAAUCGUUAGGUUACAGAUUGGCAGAUGAAGGUUAUGAUGUGUGGAUGGCAAAUGCUCGUGGAAACACGUUUUCAAGACACCACACCAAAUACAACCCCAGCCAAAGAGAAUUUUGGAAUUACAGUUUCCACGAAAUGGCAUUCUAUGACUUACCUGCGGCAAUUGAUCAUAUUUUGAUGACCAACGGAGAGGAACAAUUGGUCUACAUCGGUCAUUCUUUGGGAACAGCUGUAUUCUACGCAAUGGCUUCCAUUUUACCUGAAUAUAACAAAAAAAUCAAGUUUCAAAUCAGUUUGGCUCCUGUAAGCGCAAUUCCGCAUGCCACCUCAGGAGCUAGAUUGCUGGUGCCACAUGCUAAAACGAUCGACAAAGCGAUAGAUUGGUAUGGCAAAGGAGCCUUUUUAGAGCGUGAUUUGAUGACUAGAAUCAUGAUGCCAAUUUUCUGCGGAGGUGGAAAGAUAACUGGUGACGUGUGCAAGAAAUUCAUGCUUUUCGGCGUUUUUGGUAAAAAUCCGGAGCAGUUUGAUGAUAGCUUGCUUCCAUUAAUUUCAAGUAACUUUCCAGCCGGAACGUCUAGUAAAAAUAUGAUUCAUUGUUCCCAACUGAUAAGCAGCGGAACAUUUGCCCAGUAUGAUUACGGAAAAGAUGAGAACAUCAAAAAAUACGGUUCACCCAUUCCCCCAAAAUACAACAUAAACAAAAUCAGCGUGCCAAUUAGACUUUACUACAGUGAUAAUGAUCUCUUAUCGCCUCCUUUGGAUACAAAAAUACUAUACCAAAGAAUAACCAAACCUUUGGGUCUGAAACGAGUCAACUUGGAUAAAUUCAGCCACACAGAUUUCUUAUGGGCAAAAGAUAUCAAUACGCUUUUAAACGAUGAAAUAAUCGAAUUCAUUCGUAACGCGACCGAUUUCGAGAACGGAUCUGAUUUCAUUCGAGAAACUGUCACACAAGCUUUGGACAUCAGAAGCAAAACCCCUCCUCCAGUCAACGUACCAUUCGAUGAAAAAUCAUUUUUGAAAAACCUUGGCAAAGACUUCGUAGGUGACACUUUGGAGACAAUAGACAACGCAGUGGGAAAUAUUAUAUCCAACAGUAUUAAGAAAAUCCAAGCCGGAGGAGAAAAGGUUAAAUCAUAUGCUGAAAAUAUUCUGGAUAAAAUUAAAAGGAAAGCCAAAAGUUUGAAAGACUUCAUAGGAUAAGUAUACCUAAUAGGUACCUAUUGUAUUGUUAUAAAUUCUCCUGAUCUCACCACAAUUUUUUCAAAUAUGUAAAUGUACUCGUAUUAUCAAAAUGUAGGUUAUAUCUUUUCGUUGUUGAUGUUGUUGUUUUAAUAAAAUUAUAAUAAAAUAUCCGCACAAUUUA